GUGUGUGUGCUCGACGACAUCAUCAGUCUAUCAUAAAAAACUAUGAAAAAAUAACGUAAAGACUGUUCCUGUGACUCACGUCAAUAUAUAAAAUUAUUAAUUUAACAAAAUAGUGUGUUAGUGUUGUUUUUAAAAGUAAAUUCAGUGUUAACAUAUUGUUAACAUAUUGUGAUUAAACCAAAAUUAAUAAUUUAAGUAAAAAAUGGCUCUAGAUGACAAAGAAAACACCUGGGUGUUGGAAUUGGAAGCAGCACUUUUAGACACAGAGGCACCAUCAGCAUCAGAUAUUUAUGCAAUAUGCAAAGGACAACCAGUUCCAUUAAAUCUUAGACCAGAUGUUUGGCAGGCAUGUCUUGAUGUUACUGAUCGUGGUAAUCAAUUGAUACAUUUUAAUGAAGUAUUUGAUUUACCUGAACAAAAUAUCAUAAGAGAAGAUUGUCAAUUACUUGUUGGUAAAUUAGGAAAUGAAGAUGAAGAUAAAGUAUCAGUUGUAUCUGAUCUAGAAUCAAUAAUAACAUUUUAUUGUAAAAAUAGAGGUAAAAUAUAUGAACGUGGUAAUGGUUGGUUGGAACUUCUUGGACCAUUGGUUGCCUUGAAACUUCCACGUUCAUCAACAUACAAUUUAUUUGAAGCAAUUAGAGAUGUUUAUAUUCCGCGGGGUGAAAUAAGUAGUUCUGUUUUGAGGCUUCUUUUACUAUAUCAUGAGCCAGAAUUAUGUUCAUUUUUAGACACAAAACGUGUAUCACCAGAUCAAUAUACAAAAGGAUGGGUAAAUACAUUAUUUGCUGGUGUAUGUUCAUUGCCAGCUGUAUUUACAAUGUGGGAUCUUUAUUUUAUGCAAGCUGAUCCAUUUUUUAUGAUGUUUUUAUCAUUGAUCAUGGUGAUUAAUGCUAGAGAACAAAUAUUAUCAAUGAAAAAUGAGGAUAAAAAAAUAAUUGUUGAUACACUUGCUGCAAUGCCAGUUGCACUUGAAGCUGAUGAUGUUACUGAUUUUUGUUCACUUGCACAAUAUUAUUCAAUGAAAACACCGUCAUCAUUUAAACAAGAUUUAUAUACAAUAAUGUUUGGUGAAGGUGGUGAUGAAAAAUUUAUAUCACAUGCAUUAUGUUUACCAGUAUCAGCACAAGAAUUAAUUGAAAAUUCAAUUGAAUUACCAUCAUCAACAACAAAUCCACCAAUUGAAUCUGUUAAAUUUUUUCUUGUUGAUUGUCGUCCAGCUGAACAAUAUAAUGCUGGUCAUUUACCAACAGCAUUUCAUCUUGAUUGUAAUUUAAUGCUUCAAGAACCAGCAGCAUUUUCAACAGCUGUACAAGCUUUACUACAAGCACAAAGACAAGCACUUGCUGUUGGAUCAAAUGCUGGUGGUGAACAUUUAUGUUUUUUAGGAAGUGGAAGACAAGAAGAGGAUCAAUAUACACACAUGGUUGUUGCUUCAUUUCUUCAAAAACAAACACAAUACGUUAGCAUGGUAUCAAAUGGUUAUCAAGCAAUUCAUGAAUAUUUUGGUGAUGAACUUGUUACUAAUUUUAUUGAUCAUAAUUCACAACAUUGUUUAGUAUGUAAUGAAAAUUUAUCACAAGAUAAUUCAAAUGAAUCAAGUCCAGGUAAAUCUAAAAAUAACAACAACAGCAAUAAUACAGAUUUAUUUGGUAAAAUUGGUCUUGCAAUGAAAUUAAAAAGUCAAGAAGUCAAGGGUAAAUUAAUUGAUUAUAUUGUUAAUCCAAGUGCAAGUAUUACAUCAAAUGAUAAUAGUAAAAAAAUUAAUAAUGAUACAAAAAGAACACGUUAUCAUGCUGCACCAGUAUUUAGUAUUGAUGAUGAUCAUGAUGCUGAUGUUGGUGUUGAUGCACCUGAAAAUGAAGAACCAGUUGAAGUUGUGUCAAUUCAACAGUGGCUUAAAGAUCCAAAAUUAUUACAUUCUUUUGAUUGUCAAGAGGUCAAAGCCAAUGGUUACGUUUAUGAAAGUCGAUUACUCGUCACUGACACUCAGCUUAUUGUAUUACGUGACAUACCAGGUCGUAAAGGUGCUGCUCAUGUUAUUGUUAAACGUCCAUUAUCAAGUAUUGUUAAAAUAACAUCAAGAAAACGUCAUCCAGAUUUAAUAACAUUUAAAUAUGGUACAACACAACACAAUGAAACACUUGUUAUAUCUGACAUGGACAGAUUUCUCAUACCAAAUGCUAGUGAAGCAACUAAAUUAAUAUCUCAACAAAUUCUUGAACAAUUACACAAUUCCGAUUAAUGUCAGUAUGUUAAUAUAAUAUAUUUAAAUUUUAUUUCUUUAUAUCUAAUUGUAACACACACACACAGUUAAUUUCUUUCUUUAUUUUUUGUUGUUUCUUCACGCGGUACUUACUAUCUGUCGAUAUUUUAUUUUUUUAAAUACAUUUAUUAAGUAUUAUUACGUCCAAUAUUUCUAAUCAAAAGUGCCAUUAAACGAAAUAUGUAUGUAGUCAUGAAAAAUGAUUUGAAAAAAAAAAAAAAAAAAAGUGCAACAGCAUUCCUUGAAUAUUUAUACGACAAAUUGUUUAACAUUUAUUUAUUAUUAAUUUCAAUUUUGACCUAGCUUGUCUAAAGCAUAUUUAUUUUUUUUUUUUUCAUUGCAAUAUUUAAUAAUUAUGAAUUGUCAAGGUUGUGUGCUUCCAAGUAAAUUAUAUUUGUUUUUUUUUUCUUUUUUUUUUUUGAUCGAAUAAACGGGUUGAAACUAUUUUUAAUAAUUAGCAAAUUAUAUUGUAAUAAAUAUAUAUUUAAAAUCAUGUUUUAAUAUUAAAUAAGUAUGUCAAUGACUUUUUUGUUUUUUCGUUUUUAUCAAUUAUCAUGGUGGAAAUAUUGCUUUGAUUUUUCUUCGAAAUUUUUCGAUUCUUUCGUAGAAAUAAGACCGAUGGCGGAGACAUUUUUACUCCAUUUUUUUUCGGAGUAAAAGUCGGAGAAAUAUUUCCUCCGGAGUAAAAAAUGAAACAUUGUAAAAUAUAUUAAAUUUAUUUAUAAAUAAAAUAAAGAUUUAUAUAUCGCUUUGAGCAUUAUAAUCUGUAAAAAUGAUUAAUAAAUUUAAAUUUAAAACAAUA